UUAAAUAAGAUGCGUAUCAACCUUCACAAAAUAUAGGAUAUUUAAAUAAGAUGCGUAUCAACCUUCACAAAACCCCUCACUUUCUCUGCCACAACAGGUGCGGCAUUUGUGUGGUAUUGGUUAUGUUGUAUUUUGCAACAACCUAGCAGCAACUUUAGCACAACACUUCACGUCUUACACUGUUUGUUCACGUUUCAUGUAAGUUCUGUUGUGUCAGGUUUGUGUACGCUUUUAAUCAUGAGUGAGGAAAUCCCGUGCUGUGCUGAAUCAAGUACGGAUGGACGCCAUGUUAAACCGAAUCAGGGAAUGUGGAAAAACAAGGUGGAAUAUAUAUUGUCACUGGCUGGUUAUUCAACAGGAAGUUCUGAUUUCUGGAGGUUUCCCUACCUUAUCUGGAGACACGGAGGAGGAACGUUUAUAAUUGCCUACGUCAUCAGUGCUGUGAUCAUAGCUAUCCCUGUCUAUUACCUGGAAGUAGCCGUAUCACAGUUCUCAGGGCGAGGCAUGUUCGAUGUGUGGGAUAUCUCACCUAUCAUGAAAGGAUUAGGAAUAGGGAUGUUUAUCAUCAACUUCGAAUACCUCAUGUUGUCACCCACCUUCCGCCUGUGGAUAAUGCAGUAUAUUGGGUAUAGCUUCAUGUCACCGUUACCAUGGACACGAUGUGAUAACCCAUGGAACACUCCCGCCUGUGUGGAUUUCUACAACAUUCCGGCAGAAACGAUGAACUCCACUCUAAAUAUAUCACGGGCUGGAAUAUCAACAUACAACGUAACAUCUGUGGCUCAAACAUCGCACGUGCUAGCCGAGGAGGAGUUUUUCUUACACAAGAUACUCCAGAUAUCAGGUUCUGUGUACGAGUUGGGAACACUGAGAUGGGACUUGUGUCUGUGUUUACUGGUAGUCAGUGUAAUGAUGUCUUUGUUGUAUGUUUUAUAGACACAAGAUACUCCAGAUAUCAGGUUCUGUGUACGAGUUGGGAACACUGAGAUGGGACUUGUGUCUGUGUCUACUGGUAGUCAGUGUAAUGAUGUCUUUGUUGUAUGUUUUAUAGACACAAGAUACUCCAGAUAUCAGGUUCUGUGUACGAGUUGGGAACACUGAGAUGGGACUUGUGUCUGUGUCUACUGGUAGUCAGUGUAAUGAUGUCUUUGUUGUAUGUUUUAUAGACACAAGAUACUCCAGAUAUCAGGUUCUGUGUACGAGUUGGGAACACUGAGAUGGGACUUGUGUCUGUGUCUACUGGUAGUCAGUGUAAUGAUGUCUUUGUUGUAUGUUUUAUAGACACAAGAUACUCCAGAUAUCAGGUUCUGUGUACGAGUUGGGAACACUGAGAUGGGACUUGUGUCUGUGUCUACUGGUAGUCAGUGUAAUGAUGUCUUUGUUGUAUGUUUUAUAGACACAAGAUACUCCAGAUAUCAGGUUCUGUGUACGAGUUGGGAACACUGAGAUGGGACUUGUGUCUGUGUCUACUGGUAGUCAGUGUAAUGAUGUCUUUGUUGUAUGUUUUAUAGACACAAGAUACUCCAGAUAUCAGGUUCUGUGUACGAGUUGGGAACACUGAGAUGGGACUUGUGUCUGUGUCUACUGGUAGUCAGUGUAAUGAUGUCUUUGUUGUAUGUUUUAUAGACACAAGAUACUCCAGAUAUCAGGUUCUGUGUACGAGUUGGGAACACUGAGAUGGGACUUGUGUCUGUGUCUACUGGUAGUCAGUGUAAUGAUGUCUUUGUUGUAUGUUUUAUAGACACAAGAUACUCCAGAUAUCAGGUUCUGUGUACGAGUUGGGAACACUGAGAUGGGACUUGUGUCUGUGUCUACUGGUAGUCAGUGUAAUGAUGUCUUUGUUGUAUGUUUUAUAGACACAAGAUACUCCAGAUAUCAGGUUCUGUGUACGAGUUGGGAACACUGAGAUGGGACUUGUGUCUGUGUCUACUGGUAGUCAGUGUAAUGAUGUCUUUGUUGUAUGUUUUAUAGACACAAGAUACUCCAGAUAUCAGGUUCUGUGUACGAGUUGGGAACACUGAGAUGGGACUUGUGUCUGUGUCUACUGGUAGUCAGUGUAAUGAUGUCUUUGUUGUAUGUUUUAUAGACACAAGAUACUCCAGAUAUCAGGUUCUGUGUACGAGUUGGGAACACUGAGAUGGGACUUGUGUCUGUGUCUACUGGUAGUCAGUGUAAUGAUGUCUUUGUUGUAUGUUUUAUAGACACAAGAUACUCCAGAUAUCAGGUUCUGUGUACGAGUUGGGAACACUGAGAUGGGACUUGUGUCUGUGUCUACUGGUAGUCAGUGUAAUGAUGUCUUUGUUGUAUGUUUUAUAGACACAAGAUACUCCAGAUAUCAGGUUCUGUGUACGAGUUGGGAACACUGAGAUGGGACUUGUGUCUGUGUCUACUGGUAGUCAGUGUAAUGAUGUCUUUGUUGUAUGUUUUAUAGACACAAGAUACUCCAGAUAUCAGGUUCUGUGUACGAGUUGGGAACACUGAGAUGGGACUUGUGUCUGUGUCUACUGGUAGUCAGUGUAAUGAUGUCUUUGUUGUAUGUUUUAUAGACACAAGAUACUCCAGAUAUCAGGUUCUGUGUACGAGUUGGGAACACUGAGAUGGGACUUGUGUCUGUGUCUACUGGUAGUCAGUGUAAUGAUGUCUUUGUUGUAUGUUUUAUAGACACAAGAUACUCCAGAUAUCAGGUUCUGUGUACGAGUUGGGAACACUGAGAUGGGACUUGUGUCUGUGUCUACUGGUAGUCAGUGUAAUGAUGUCUUUGUUGUAUGUUUUAUAGACACAAGAUACUCCAGAUAUCAGGUUCUGUGUACGAGUUGGGAACACUGAGAUGGGACUUGUGUCUGUGUCUACUGGUAGUCAGUGUAAUGAUGUCUUUGUUGUAUGUUUUAUAGACACAAGAUACUCCAGAUAUCAGGUUCUGUGUACGAGUUGGGAACACUGAGAUGGGACUUGUGUCUGUGUCUACUGGUAGUCAGUGUAAUGAUGUCUUUGUUGUAUGUUUUAUAGACACAAGAUACUCCAGAUAUCAGGUUCUGUGUACGAGUUGGGAACACUGAGAUGGGACUUGUGUCUGUGUCUACUGGUAGUCAGUGUAAUGAUGUCUUUGUUGUAUGUUUUAUAGACACAAGAUACUCCAGAUAUCAGGUUCUGUGUACGAGUUGGGAACACUGAGAUGGGACUUGUGUCUGUGUCUACUGGUAGUCAGUGUAAUGAUGUCUUUGUUGUAUGUUUUAUAGACACAAGAUACUCCAGAUAUCAGGUUCUGUGUACGAGUUGGGAACACUGAGAUGGGACUUGUGUCUGUGUCUACUGGUAGUCAGUGUAAUGAUGUCUUUGUUGUAUGUUUUAUAGACACAAGAUACUCCAGAUAUCAGGUUCUGUGUACGAGUUGGGAACACUGAGAUGGGACUUGUGUCUGUGUCUACUGGUAGUCAGUGUAAUGAUGUCUUUGUUGUAUGUUUUAUAGACACAAGAUACUCCAGAUAUCAGGUUCUGUGUACGAGUUGGGAACACUGAGAUGGGACUUGUGUCUGUGUCUACUGGUAGUCAGUGUAAUGAUGUCUUUGUUGUAUGUUUUAUAGACACAAGAUACUCCAGAUAUCAGGUUCUGUGUACGAGUUGGGAACACUGAGAUGGGACUUGUGUCUGUGUCUACUGGUAGUCAGUGUAAUGAUGUCUUUGUUGUAUGUUUUAUAGACACAAGAUACUCCAGAUAUCAGGUUCUGUGUACGAGUUGGGAACACUGAGAUGGGACUUGUGUCUGUGUCUACUGGUAGUCAGUGUAAUGAUGUCUUUGUUGUAUGUUUUAUAGACACAAGAUACUCCAGAUAUCAGGUUCUGUGUACGAGUUGGGAACACUGAGAUGGGACUUGUGUCUGUGUCUACUGGUAGUCAGUGUAAUGAUGUCUUUGUUGUAUGUUUUAUAGACACAAGAUACUCCAGAUAUCAGGUUCUGUGUACGAGUUGGGAACACUGAGAUGGGACUUGUGUCUGUGUCUACUGGUAGUCAGUGUAAUGAUGUCUUUGUUGUAUGUUUUAUAGACACAAGAUACUCCAGAUAUCAGGUUCUGUGUACGAGUUGGGAACACUGAGAUGGGACUUGUGUCUGUGUCUACUGGUAGUCAGUGUAAUGAUGUCUUUGUUGUAUGUUUUAUAGACACAAGAUACUCCAGAUAUCAGGUUCUGUGUACGAGUUGGGAACACUGAGAUGGGACUUGUGUCUGUGUCUACUGGUAGUCAGUGUAAUGAUGUCUUUGUUGUAUGUUUUAUAGACACAAGAUACUCCAGAUAUCAGGUUCUGUGUACGAGUUGGGAACACUGAGAUGGGACUUGUGUCUGUGUCUACUGGUAGUCAGUGUAAUGAUGUCUUUGUUGUAUGUUUUAUAGACACAAGAUACUCCAGAUAUCAGGUUCUGUGUACGAGUUGGGAACACUGAGAUGGGACUUGUGUCUGUGUCUACUGGUAGUCAGUGUAAUGAUGUCUUUGUUGUAUGUUUUAUAGACACAAGAUACUCCAGAUAUCAGGUUCUGUGUACGAGUUGGGAACACUGAGAUGGGACUUGUGUCUGUGUCUACUGGUAGUCAGUGUAAUGAUGUCUUUGUUGUAUGUUUUAUAGACACAAGAUACUCCAGAUAUCAGGUUCUGUGUACGAGUUGGGAACACUGAGAUGGGACUUGUGUCUGUGUCUACUGGUAGUCAGUGUAAUGAUGUCUUUGUUGUAUGUUUUAUAGACACAAGAUACUCCAGAUAUCAGGUUCUGUGUACGAGUUGGGAACACUGAGAUGGGACUUGUGUCUGUGUCUACUGGUAGUCAGUGUAAUGAUGUCUUUGUUGUAUGUUUUAUAGACACAAGAUACUCCAGAUAUCAGGUUCUGUGUACGAGUUGGGAACACUGAGAUGGGACUUGUGUCUGUGUCUACUGGUAGUCAGUGUAAUGAUGUCUUUGUUGUAUGUUUUAUAGACACAAGAUACUCCAGAUAUCAGGUUCUGUGUACGAGUUGGGAACACUGAGAUGGGACUUGUGUCUGUGUCUACUGGUAGUCAGUGUAAUGAUGUCUUUGUUGUAUGUUUUAUAGACACAAGAUACUCCAGAUAUCAGGUUCUGUGUACGAGUUGGGAACACUGAGAUGGGACUUGUGUCUGUGUCUACUGGUAGUCAGUGUAAUGAUGUCUUUGUUGUAUGUUUUAUAGACACAAGAUACUCCAGAUAUCAGGUUCUGUGUACGAGUUGGGAACACUGAGAUGGGACUUGUGUCUGUGUCUACUGGUAGUCAGUGUAAUGAUGUCUUUGUUGUAUGUUUUAUAGACACAAGAUACUCCAGAUAUCAGGUUCUGUGUACGAGUUGGGAACACUGAGAUGGGACUUGUGUCUGUGUCUACUGGUAUUCACAUGUCUCUGCUCGGCAUGUGUGAUAAAGAGCGUGGAAUCCAUUGGAAAGGCAAUGUAUGUGUUGACGUUUUUGCCCCUCCUGUUAUUGCUGAUAAUUUGGAUACGAACACUCGCUGCUCCCGGAUCAGUGGCUGGAAUGAAAUACUUCCUUUCACCAGACUUUACCAAAUUCGGAGAUCUUGAGGUAUGGGUCCAGGCCGGAUUUGCCGCUGCGUUCUCCCUCUGUACAGCUAAUGGAGGGAAUAUGGAAAUCGGGAGUCGGGCUAGCUUCCGGACCAAUGUAUUGGGCGCUUCACUCAUCCCGUGUGUGAUGGAUAUUGUCGGAAGUAUCUUCACCAGCAUGGUUGUAUAUUCCGUUAUCGGAGUGAUGGCACACGAGAGUGGCAUGCAGCUUGGAGAGACAUUAUUUGCAGGAAACUCGGCAGCUUUUGUGGCCUUCUCCAGGGCGUUUUCGUUCUUCCCGUUGCCUAACCUAUGGCUGGUAUUAUUCUUUCUGGCAUUUUUCGUCGCGACAUCUGACAUCAUGAUAAUGUAUUGCGAAAUACUCAACCGAUACCUUCAAAAGUUUGUCCCGGGUCUCAGUAACAGGCCAAAGACAUCGUUCGCCGCCAUGUUUGUCAUCUGUUACCUGGUCAAUCUGCCCUUCUGUACACAGGCAGGAGCAUACUUAUACCAAAUCAUUGGUUGGUUUGUAUCAUCAUGGGGCGUGUUUGUAAUGGCGACUCUGGAGUGUGUCAUUUUCAUGUGGAUUUAUGGAGGCCACAUGCUAGACGAAAACAUACAGCUGAUGAAUGGAACAAAGAUGCCUCACAUCAUCCGAUUUACGGCCGCGUUUGUUUGUCCCGUCCUCUUUAUUGUGUUCCUGGUACUUGGUAUUGCUCGGUACAAAUCUCCCGUGUUUGGAACCUACCACUAUCCUAGUUCUAUUGAAGGGAUAGGUAUUCUUAUCGGCAUACUGCCUUUGGUUCCACUGGUCUGCUGCUUUGUGUUGGGUCUGUACAGAAACAGAAAAGCUGGAUUCACGAAAGAGUUGUUCCAACCAAGCGUUCUGUGGGGACCACGUGACUUGGAUGUCGUCGAUGAGUACAAGGAAGCCGCGGUAAAACAGAAGAGCUGGUCACAAACGGCUUACUAUAACCUCACGGGUAGACAAAGAAAGAUAACUCGUCCAGAAACGUGUGACCAGCCGUACGUCAUGACGAAGAUGAUUUAGAUUGAAACUUCGAAACAGUUUUAGUAAUAACUUUACUUAUUUUCAUUAAAGAAACAAUUCAG